AUUUACCCAUCAAAGAGAGCAUGCCGUUUUUGUUCGACUUAUCACCAAAAAUAGUAACAUAUAUAGGGUGUGGGUAAAGAAUGAAAAAUAAAUGGUGAUUCUAUUUGACCUUGCCUAAUGUCAUCAAUUACAGUCAAUUAAAGCUACAACAAAUUUCCUCCACACUUCAUUUAUUGAGGAGUACUUAUAAAACACGUCUCCUAGCUUAUGGUUGAGCGGAACUUUCAAACAUUUUCUUGCAGUUUUGUUAAACUUCUGUUUAGGUACCAUGGAAAAACAAGAGCCAGUAACACCUGCAGGUCGGUUAUUCUUACAGGAAGAGAUGAAUACAGUAAUCAAUUGUGUAAUCGGUCUGAAGCAUCCUAUCGACGAGUACACCAUAAAAACCGAAAUGAAGAACUCAAUCAUGCUCCAACAUGCAAGAUUUCGAAGUGUAUUAGUCAAAGACAAGGAAGGAAGAGAAUAUUGGGAAACAAGAAACGGUUUAAACAUAGAUAAACACAUAUUCCUUGUUAAAGAUAUCGAAAAAAUCUAUGGUCAGGGAGAUGACUGUAAGAAUGACGAUACCACGUUAGUGAAUAGUUACUUGGCAGAUCUUUCAGUUUCGACUCCUCUUGAUAUCAGCAAACCGCUCUGGGAACUACAUCUAUUGAAGGAACAAAAGUGUGUAAUAUUGAGAGUUCAUCAUGCUUUAGGUGACGUGAUUUCUUUAAUGUCUUUGUUUCUGGCUAUGUGUAAGAAAGUUGAUCAUCCUGAUCAAUUACCCAGUAUUCCAACUUCUUCCUCAAAGAAAGACAACAACAAGAGUACUAGCAAAAGCAGUAUGGGUAAGAAAGUUCGGAAGUUGUUAAUGACCAUUUGGUGUACUAUGGUUUAUGCCAUGGAACUGUUGCUGAGAACCUUGUUUGUGAAAGAUGCUGAAACGAAGUUAAGUGGUGGAUCUGGGGUUGAACUUUGGCCUCGAAAGGCAGCUACUGCAAGGUUCAGAAUGGAUGAUAUGAAAUCCGUCAAGAACGCCAUGGCUAAUACGACCAUCAAUGAUGUCCUUUUCGGAGUGGUUUCAGCCGGAUUAUCGCGAUACUUGGAUUACCAUAAACCUUCAAAUUCAAAGUUACAAGAGGGACUUCGAAUCACAGGAUUGGGAAUGGUUAACCUCAGAAAACAGCCUGGAUUGCAGGAUAUGUCAGAAUUGGUGAAAAACAAACCACUGUCAAGUUGGUGGGGUAACAAAUUUGGCUUCAUUUUGCUCCCAAUCUAUCACCAUAAAAACGUUGAUAAUGAUCCACUUCAAUAUGUAAGGAGAGCUAAAGCUAUGCUCGAUAAAAAGAAGCUCUCUUUAGAAGCUCAUUUCUCUUAUACAUUUGGAAAUUUAGUAAUGUCGCUUUUGGGUCCUAAGGCUGCAAUGCUGCUUAAUUACCGAGUUGUUUGCAAUACAAGUUUUACGAUAUCAAAUGUUGUUGGUCCACAAGAAGAGAUCAUGUUUGGAGGAAACCCAGUAACUUCAUUCAGAGUAACCUCAACUAGUUUACCCCAUGCACUCACAAUGCAUAUGGUGAGUUACGCUGGAAAUGCGGAGUUGCAAAUUCUUGUGGCUAAAGACAUAAUACCAGACCCUGAAUUCCUUGCCAAGUGUUUCGAAGAUGCAUUGCUCGAAAUGAAGGACGUUUGUACUGCUUCUUUGUAUACCUAAGAAAUCUAUUAAUGCUCCUCGCGUCAGUACUACUUUUGAGAAUUUGGCUUACUGUACUGCGUUUCGUGAA